AUGGUGUUUCUACGCCUCACUGUAAAGGUCUACCCUCGCGAGCAGCUCCAGUCCUCCUCGUCUUUUAUCCGCUCCUUCCUCGGUGACCGUGAUCGUGAUGAGUCCAAUCGAAGCUCGUCCGCCCCGGGGAAUGGGAAGCCCGCCAGCUUCCUGUUGGCCUUGGAGAACCCGGAGGAGGUGACCCUGGGGGGACUAUCUGGCAUGAUCCAAGAGAAAUGGGCAAAGCUUAGGCCUAAUGCUGAACCUCUAGAUAUCAAAAAACUACUCGACGAUUCCUACGAGUCCGACGAUCUCGAUGCAGAAAUGACCGUCGCUCAAGUUUUCGUUGACAACGGGAAAGCUCGCACUGACGGAAGUGACCAGCGCGGUACGGUGCGAGUUAUCCAAAAACCGGCCCCCUACGCUCCGGUUCGCUUCCCAUCUGUGACCCAGGACUGGGAUGCUGCGGCGCAGGACUAUGAGCGCCAGGCAAAGAUGAAGAAAGAAGUAGUUGAGAAGUUUCGGUUCUCGCCUAUUCCUGAGGAACCGCGGAGGACUUCUUCUGAGUCUGAACCCUACAUUUACGAUGAGCAAGCAACCACCGCUGUGGACAUAAAUCCUGCUCGAGAACGUCCCCUGUCGUCUACAGAUAGAGCCGAAAUCCCGGGGUCACCCCCGCAGUGGGGUAGCAAGUCCAUUUGGGAUGAGCAUUCGCAGGAUCGUCAUGGCAGCACGGUCGCUGCGAACCCCCAGCAUAAACGUUUGGAGAGCCAAGAACUAGGCGAUUCCCCACCAUCAUCUCCCAAGCACACACCGAACAUGCAGCGGUCUACAUCCAAAUCUAGCUCAUCCCAUGGCCAGGCCUCUUCGAAUCGGCACAUCAUCGAACCUGCAGAACCACGCCUUCCCUCUCAGCGUGAAGCGCCAAGUGAGGAAGAAGAGGAAGGGUCAAGCGAGCAGGGUAGUGAUGAAGAUGAAAGUGGCGAAGAAGAGAAAGGGCGUGAGGCAAAAGAGCAUCACGAUAUGGACGGCAAUAUCACCAUGAAUGGCAGUGCCACGGCGGACCAGCUAGCCGAACCCCGGGGCAGCUCGAUCGAAGAUCCAGCGCCAGGCAAAAUGGCAGCACCGGAGCGUCACGCUUCCGAAAGUGGUUUGCUCAAGAGGAAGAAGAGCACUGAAGACCUCCAGCCGAAUAAACAACAGCGCAUAGAUCAGGCCGGAACCCCUGCUGUCUCAACUCAAGCAAGCCACGGCGAACAGGUUACUACGGGGAAAUCCUCGAAAUCGCCUAGUACCAGCCCAUCGGCAACGCGCAGAAGAGAGAGAGCACCAUCCUUUUCUGGCCUCGCAAGGCGCUUGAGCUUUUCUGAGCGGCCACAGGAGUUUUCCAAGCCGGGUCUCGGGCUGGGUAUUACCAAAAGCCCACCAAAGAAGGAACCAGUCAUGCUCGAUUUAUCUCAGGAUUCGCCGGGGCCCAGCGAUAGCGUAUUCUCAAUCCCAAACAGUGCACCCAUCCCUCGUUGGGGUUUCCAGAACCGCUCGAGUCCUUCCAAGUCGCAAGCUUCUACUCCAGCGAACAAGGCUAAACAGUUACAGUCAGCGAUGCGUAAGGAUUCACCAGUUGAGAGGUCGUCGGAACGCCGGUCGGUAUCCUUUGCUGAAGGAGACGAUGUUUUCAUUACCGGUUCUGGACCGGCCCCCAUGUCAGCUCCUCAGAGUACCGCCAAGCCAUCCACAAGUGCUCCCUCUGAGAGGAGAAGGCCAAACACCGGCACUAUCAUCUAUCCUGACAAUGUGUCGAAAGAAAGGCUGGAGAAGAUGCAGAGAGAGGCGGAAGAGAAAAUUAGGGAGAAGGAAGAGCUGGAGGAGAAAAUCAAGAUUGCCGAAGAACAAAAAUUGAGCCCUCAGUACACUCGUAAGUUGAAUGAGGCGUACAAGAUUCUGACGACAAUACGAAUGCAUGAGACUCGCCACAGGGAGAAGGCUUUGUCAACUCUCCGGCCCAAGCUCCAGAGCUUACGACAGGAAAUUGCCAAAAUAGAAGAAGCUAUGGACAAGACCCCAAUACUGACCGCGCCACCGCCGAAGAGAGGUACCACUACUCCUAUCAUCGAUGACACUACGAACAAUGUGGCGAGCUACCACCCCCCCAUGGGAACCGUCCAUCGUGUCGAUGUAGCGUCUAGGCGCACAGCCAAGACCGCGGAACGGCCAGCGUCCAAGAAACCGACUCCUUCGAAGUCGGUAGAACUUUCAUCGUCUUCUGAAUCCGAAGAGUCGGAAUCCGAAUGCGAAGAAGAAACUGACUCCGAGGAAGAGAACCAACCUCCGCUAAGCAAAGCCGAUUUGAUCCGACGAAGCAAUAUUUCGACUUCUCAAUCUAGUGCCAAACCCCCAACAUCUUCUCGACCUGCGCCACUGCAGACAUGGUCACGCCCCUCGGCUAGUUCGCAGAUCCGUCCCAGCUUGAAGUCGCUGAAGGUGGACCAGAAAAAGGAGCAACUGGCGAAAACACAGCCCAAGCGGGCUACCUCCGCACAGCGCCGGCAUGGAGACAUUUUUGACGGGCCCUCGGACAGCGACUCGGAGGAAAGCGAAAGCGAAAGUGAGAGUGGGAGUGACAGCGAGAGCGGCAGCUCUGAUGACGGCGAUAUCCAUUCGAGUGGGAAGGUAGGGAAACUACGGAAUGUGCGACGCCGGUCGAGAACCUGA